AUGUUCAAGUUUGUAGAUGAAAGAAAGAGAAGAUUUUUGAGAGAGGGUCUAUCAAUUUUAUACGAAAAUUUCAGACAGAAUGAGCGCUGGAAUCAAUCAUCAGUGAUGUCAAACGCCACCGAACUUUUCCUGACAGUAACUUCCGCCACAAUUGCAGAUUCUGAUGAAAAUCAAUUGAGCCAAGCAAAAUGUCUAUUGCCAAAAAUUUGCCUUUGCGAAGCAGCUGACAAAGAAUGCCUCGUAAUUCUGGGAAUAUUGAUGAUUGCCGCAGCACUCGCUCUAGCCGCUGUGCCCGUUUGUGUCAUCUUCAUUCGCUCAAAGCGAGUCUCAAAGAUCAAAGCGGCGCAAAAGGCAGACCUGGAAUCAAUAGCAGAAUCCAACAGGCGCGACACUUUGCUAAACAGGUCGAGUACAAUCAAUUACUACGCUACAGAGUUGGAAACCAACACAGUAAAGAUGGAUUCUGCAAACAGAACGUAUUCAAAUCUAGCGCCGAGUGUUGGCAAAUCAAGUUCUACUGGCUCUACCGACGAGUCUGGCUACACUUCCGAUUCGCUACUGGCGACUUUUGAACUGCAAACUUCUUUUUCAAACUCAAACUAA